AUGCUAUUCAAAAUGAAUAAUAAGGAAAAGAAAAAGGAAUUAAUAAGAUAUAUCUUAUCCGAACUCCAAAAAUCAAAACUGUAUAUAAGUGAAAAAAUAUCAGGUGAAAUAAAAUGCGAAAAAAUUGAAAAGAGCGAGGAAAGUUAUCAUGAAAUACUCGACGCUAUUAAUAAAAAAAUAAUCGAUUAUAAUAAUUAUCUUAAAAAAUUAGAUACUAAAAGUGAGAUAUAUGAUGAUAAUGGUGAAAACCGUUUUGUGAAAAAUAAAGUAAAAGGGAAUUUCUUUCAAGAAUAUAUAAAAGGAAAUCAUAAUAAUAAAAUACACAAUAAUUCUGAUAUGUAUAAAGUUCAGAAAAGGGAAAUUGUAGGAUACACAACUAAAGGCAAUGCUAUAAUAAUUAACAAUGAAAAUUUUGAUAAUCUUUUUAAAAAUUUUGAUGAUAUAAUAAAUGAUCUAAAAAAAAAAGCAUUUACAAAAAAAAAUAAAUCCAUACACCACAACGACAAUAAGAGAAACAAAAGUAACUGUCCAAAUGACACCAAACAACCAGAAAAUGAAGAAAACGAAAGUGAUCAAAACUAUUUGAGUGAACAAUCUUGCUCAUCAUCUAGCAUAAUUUCAUUAAACAGUUUUGUUAAGAGAGAAAAAAUAAAAAGAAUAAAUAAAAAUAGAGAAUCAUUUGCUAAGCAUAAAUAUCAAGACAAUUCUUUUGUUACACAUCAAUUGUAUUCAUGUAGUGAUUGUUCAUCAACAUCUUUUGAUUGGUAUGAAGACCAAUAUGAUAAUGUUUUUUAUUAUACUAAUGCUUUAAAUGAAUAUAAGAAUUUUAAAAAAAAAAAAAAUAUUUUUAAGAUUAAGAAAAAUGAAGUAAUGGACUUCGAUGAAAGCAAGCACAAAAAUCUACUCAAUGAUAAUUUAACGAAAAAAAACAUAAUAGAAAGAAAAAAACGCAUAGAUGAAGCAACAGAAAUUGCAGAUUAUAUUGUUAAAGAAAAUUGUGUACCAGAUAAAUCCCCAUUUUAUAAUCAUAUAUAUUUUAAAUAUCAAGACAAAAAUAAAGAUAAAUUUUAUCCAGUAUUUGUAAAUACAAUAAAUGGAAAAAAAAAAAUGUGUAACUUAAAAAAAAUUAAUAAAGGUAAUUCAAAAAAUUCACAAGGAAGGGGAAUAAAUAAAUAUGAAUUAGACACAUCUUUAUUUAGUUAUAAAGAUGAAAAAUUUAUCCCAUCUGUAGAAAAUAUAGCUAUUGAUAAAAGAUUUAUUUAUCAAAAUUAUAAAAAUUUAAGAAGACAAUUAUUCGAAAGUGGAGAAUUAAACUAUUCAUUAGAUAAAACAAUUCAUAGCUUGGAAAAACUAUCUAACUCAAAAAAAGAUAUAAAAAGGGAAAUAAACUAUAAUGAAAAAUUUGAAAAUUUUAUUCAAAAAAAUAGAGAUUUUAUUAUCAAAGAAAGAGAAUCCGCCAUAAAGAAAUUAUUUGACAUGGAAAAAAUUACGUUAAAAGUUAAAAUAAUAGGAACAAAUGGAAGGGAAAUUAAAAACAAGAGCUUGGACAAUGUUCUUAUAAACAAGAAUAAAACAUUCGGAGAUCUAGCGAAAAAUCUUGGUCAGUCUUUUAAGCUUCCUAAAGAAGACAUUGAUAAUAUAAAAAUUUUUUUUGAUGGAGAUUUAUGCGAUAAAGAUCUUACGUUUAGGGAUGAAGAAUUAGGAUUGGAAGAUGGGUUUCAAAUAGAUGUUAGGUUUCCUUUAGCAGAUGACCUUAAUGGCUCAGAUGAUUCCAAUUAUAGUGACGAUUCUUAUGUGUUGUUUUUACCGGAUUCUUAUGUCAUUGAUUAA